AUGCGUCGACCAAACGUUCUUAUUCUAACUGCAUUGUUGCUACUGCCAUUGCUUGCCUUUGCAGACACUCGGACCAUUAAACAGCUCAGCUUUGUUCACCGCCAUGGUGCCAGAGAUGAACCUCUCGUCAUUGAUGGAAAUCUCGUCUGGGAUUAUGCGCAACUAACUCCAAAUGGUGAGAAAAUGAUGGCUAAUUUGGGAAAACUCCUACGCAGAGUAUAUGGCACCUUUAUACCAUCCUUUAGCCCUGAUGAGUAUGAUCUUCUUUCAGGAGACUCUGACCGCUGCAUUCAAUCUGCCUAUGGCGUGGCUCAAUCUUUCUUUAACGAAACUUCUAACUUUCUACCAUUUGUAAAAUACGGUCCAGUAGAUUCAGAUUGGCUUAUGGAGUUUAAUUACAACUUUCCGAAUAUAAUUGCUCGCUCAGAGUGGUAUUAUUCAUACCAAAAUAAUGAUACACUGGCUCGAACAAUGCUUUCUGAAGAUGAUAUACUUGCUCUUGCUAGUGAAUUUGGAGAUUGGUGUUCAAAAACCCCUAUGUUGUGCGCUCUCUUUGCUGUAGAUGCUAUUCAGUGCCGUAUAAGUAACACUAACGAAACAUCUAAACAACUACGUGAUAUUUUUCAAGAAAAACUACUCCCUAUACAAUAUGGUAGCUGUAAGCACUUGUAUGCUUUCCAUCCGACUAAUCCUUAUGCUGUAACCGGUGCUCCUGGCUAUGAUUUGGCUGCUAAAAUGCUAAAUGAUGCUCAAGGAGGAAAUAAAAAAGUGUAUCAGUACUCAGCUCAUGAUAGCACUGUUUUGGGUCUACUUAACACACUUGGUGGUAUUCAACUUGAUGACAUGGACGAGAAAUGGUUUCCACGUUUUGGGGCAGUACUAACUUUGACGACCUAUACAGAUGGUAAUAUCUCUUUUGGUUAUGCAGAACCAAUGCAGGAAGAAAAUUCAACAUUAGAUUAUUCAUUAGAUAUUCCACCUGUUUCGGUACGUUGUCAAACCGCUUCUGGAUUAGUAUACUUGAGUUCAGAGUGUCCAGUAGAAGAUGUUUGGCGUUAUGUGAACAAUUCAAAGCCAACUGUUUCAGAUCGUUACUGUUAUCUCUUACCAGAAGAUCGAUGUGAUGUGAUGGAUACUGUCCCUUCUUCUUCUUGCCAAUAUUAUCGUAAACACUGCCCUAAAGAGGCGUGUGGACCUAACGCCGUGUUAGAUGCUCACCAAAACUACAUCUGCGCUUCAUUUGCCAAAAAAGAAAAAAUAAGUCACUAUGCUCUCUCAGCAACUCUUUCUGCUGUAAUUGGUGCCGCUGUUGGUGUUCUUUUGGGGAUCUUAAUUGCUUUUUUCCUAAACAAACUUGAAGAGAAGGAGGAUCGCCGACGACUUGUUUCACAGUUAGAUAAUGCAUAA